UUAUAACUCUGACCUCUAACGCCAAUAUGGUGCAAUUUGGCUAGUAAUAUGUCAUGGUCAAUACUAUCAAAUGCCUUGGAAAGGUCCAAGAACAUACUGAGAGUAUACUCAUUCUUAUCAAAUCCUUCUAGAAUUUUACUGACAAGCAGGGAUGUUGAAUGAUUUUGACGAAAGCCAAAUUGUUGUGAAUGAAAGAAAUUUUUUUGGUCUAGGAAAUGGUUGAGUCGUUUGUACAUAAUUUUUUCUAGGAUUUUUAAAAAUGCGGGAAGUAAGCUGAUCGGUCGGUAGUUUUUUUACAUCUUUUGCAUUUCCUUUUUUGAACAAUGGCAUAACUUUAGAUAAUUUGAACUGGUCUAUGUAUUUACCAGAUUGUAAUGAGCAGUUAAAGGUAUGUGCGAGAGCACAAAUACAAUUCCAGGGCAUCAUUCGUAUAACUUUAAAAUAAGCGCCCGGGCUAUUAAACGAGCGAAUACGGUGAUUCUGAUACUAAAGAGGAAAAACACACAGAGAAGAUUCCUACAAAGUGGCGUACUAAUCUUCGACUUUUCUUCCUAAAAAGACAAGAAAAUGAAUAGCCAAAGUUUGACAAAAUGUGUGUGAGUGGGAGGAAUUGCAUAAAACUCGUGGAGUUUAUGCGUGAAAGCAAAUUUUCAUCAGUUACAUUAUGCUCAAUGGCUGAACAGAAAAAUCAACCAUCGACGAACUUGCUUUUUUCUCCUGCUAACAAUGACCUGUUCAAUGUGAACAAUUCUAGUGCAUUCCUAGUGCCUGUGCAGGGAACAACUUCGUCUGCAUUGAUGACAUCUGAAAAUCCUGCAGAAGAAGAUAGUUUCCUUGGACAAAAUAAUGCUCAACAACCAGCAACCUUUUCUCUUUUUACCGGAGCAGAAGGAAGUGAUCCGUUUUCUGCUGUGGGUAAUGCUCCUCCUGGAAGUAAAUCAAGUGGAAUUACAACUUCUGAACAAGAACCAAGCCUGUUUGUCCCCUCUUCUACAAGGUCUAGUCCACCAUUGCUGAGCACUUCAAGUUAUAGCACAAUUAGCUAUAGCACACCACUUGUGAAUUCUAGUUUCCAAACGCCCACACCUAUGGCUAUGUCAUCAACAAAUGGUAUAGCGCCCCCACCUACACAAAGCUACUCGGGUACCCCAAGUGGUCGUUUGUCACAUUACUCAACUCCAAGAUAUGUUCCUCCACCUGAUUAUGGUAUUGCUCCCACAUCAGCGACGCCUGUAUCAUUUCCGCCUAGUGGAAAUGCUCCACCUCCUCCUAUGGCCGGUUUUACCCCAAGUCCAUAUGCCCUAAUGUACAGUACAAUGCAGCAGCACCACCACCAUCCUUUGCAAAACUUGCAGAUUCUACUCCCCCCACCAAGUGCUGAAAGCAUGUAUCACCUGGUCUCUUCACAUUGGUGCUACAGUAAAACACUUUCAGAUGGAUCUCUAAUUUGGAAUCCAUUUUCCUAUUUUGAUUCUCAGAAGUUGGAAGAAGCUGCAAGGAAAGGUACUGAAGAAAUUGUAAUCACAGAUGGUGGUAGAUAUGAUGUAGCUGUUAAAAGUCGUGAACGAACAAGUGUUUAUUGGGAGGAGCCGGUUGCUCAAGUGAGACGUUGUACAUGGUUUGCGAAAGCAGAUACUGAUCACAGAUAUGAACCUUUUGAUGAGGCACUGUCAUUGAAACUUGAAGAAGAAUACAAAAAAGUUGUCAUUGGUAAUACAUGGCACAAACAAAUUGAUCUCAGCGGAGGUGAAAUGAUUGUUAUUCACAAUCCUCAAGUUAUUGUUCAUCUAAUACCUAGGGAAAAUGAAGUUGGGAUGUUCCCUGAACAGCAAAUGAAGUCGCGUAUUGUUAAGCGUGGUAUUACAGAAAUUGACAUGAGCAGGGAAAUUCCUGAAAACGAAAUUGGUGAGCCAGAUCAUGUUGUGUUUGUUUGUCAUGGCAUUGGGCCAGUAUGUGACCUGAGAUCUCGUACGAUAGUUGAAUGUGUAGAUGAUAUUCGAGCAAUUCAGCUCUCUCUGCUAAAAUCCCAUUUUAAAAAUGCUUUAGAAGGAAAACGUGCUCAAAGAAUUGAGUUUCUUCCCAUACAUUGGCAUCGGGCACUUCAUGGUGAUGCAAAUGGCGUUGAUCGAGAUAUACGGAGGUUAACACUUCCAAGUAUACAGAGAUUAAGGCAUUUUACAAAUGAAACACUUCUUGACAUUUUAUUUUAUUCAAGUCCUGUUUAUUGUCAAACAAUUGCUGAAACUAUAGGUGCUGGAAUCAACUCUCUACAUCAGUUGUUUUUGAGUCGUAAUCCAAAUUUCAACGGUAAAUUUUCGAUAGCUGGUCAUAGCUUGGGAGCACUAAUGGUUUUUGAUCUAUUGUGCAACCAAGGCACCAAACAGCAAACUUAUGAUUUGGAUUCGAAACCGUCAUCUGUUCCUGAUGAACUAACAGUGCCUCAGUCAGAUAUUUCGGCACGAUCAUCAACUCCAAAUUCUACUCAGGAUGGAAGCCUGAUAGAUGAAGAAGUGGAAACUACGUUGGAUGAUCUUCUAGCUAAAUUGAAUCUUGUUAAGUUUAAAGAAAACUUCGAAGCUGAACAGAUGGAGAUGGACACUUUACUCUUGUGUGGUGAAAAUGAUUUAAAGGACCUUGGCUUACCAAUGGGUCCUCGUAAAAAGUUGGUUGGAUAUUUGAAACAACAGCAACAAGAACAAGAGAGGAAACGACAGGAGAAAGAUGCACAAGCCAAACGUCUUGAGGAAGAAAGACGACUUAUGGAACAAAAAGUUGAACAGGAAGCUGUUGCUCCUGUAAAUCAAAGAAUGGAAUCUGUGACAGGAUUUAUGUCUAGCGCUAUGAAUGUACAUGUUGAUUUUCAGCAAUACGAUUGCGGAACAGGACAGCCCAUGGUUAAAUAUCCUCAGCUACAGUUUGAUCCCGAAAUUUUCUUCACACUAGGAUCACCCAUUGGAAUGUUUUUGACGGUCCGUGGUAUAUCCGACCUUGGUGAAGAAUUUUGCUUACCAACAUGUGGUCGAUUUUUCAAUGUUUUCCAUCCUUAUGAUCCAGUUGCAUAUCGUGUAGAACCUUUAAUCAACCCGGAGUUUUCUUUGAAACCUGUACAAGUUCCCCAUUAUAAAGGACGUAAGCGACUUCAUUUAGAGCUACGAGAUAGCUUAGGACGAAUGGGAACUGAAUUGAAACAAGGCAUCAUUAACUCAGUUAAACGAGCUAUUGGAAGCAUGCAAAAGUUUGCCCAAAAUUGGCAGGGAAAUGCAGAAUCAUCGGAGAAAGAGAUGGAAGAGGAAGUUGAAAAAGUUGCUGACGAAUUGUUGAAACAGCAAAGUGAAAAAUCUCAUGAAAAUGAUGACAUUGUAUCAGUGGCGUCGGAGUCUAGUCAAAUACCUGGAGGGAUGGGAAGACUUAAUGGAGGGCAGAGAAUCGACUAUGUACUACAAGAGCGACCACUAGAAAGUUUUAAUGACUAUCUUUUUGCAUUUCAAAGUCAUCUUUGCUAUUGGAAUAGUGAAGAUACAGUUCUUCUUAUGAUGAAAGAAAUAUAUAGAGGAAUGGAUAUUUUAUCAGACAGCCAAAUUCAAAAGAUUCAAGCUGCACAGCAGGUUCAGACUUUACCCCCAACAUUAAAUCAACCACUUGGACUACCGCCACCACCAAUGUCUUCUUAUCCAGUGCCAAAAUAAAUAAACAUUCUUCCUUAUUUAACGAAUAUAGAUUGCAGAUGCCAAAUGACCAAACUACUAAACAAAGGGUGAUUUUGUGAAGUACGAAAAUUAAAAAUGCUAUUGCACUAUUAAUUUGACCUUGUAGUUAAAUAAUAAUAUAUAUCAUCAACAUUCUUCUGUAUUGUUGAACUAUUAUUCAACUAGAGAAUAUUUCAGAAACUGGCCAUGUAGAAUAUCUGAAAUAUAAGCCAAAGGUCCAUGCAUGUCAGAUUAAUCUUGAUAUGUUAGGAGUUUUACAUCAGCAACAUGGCAAUUUUGUUUUCCUGUUAGAUACAUAUACCUAUAUGCCAAAGGGUCAUGAUAUUUUUUCUAAAAUUGGUUCUAGAGUACAAAUAGCAACAAUCAUAGUUUUUUCCUGAAGUUGUGUAAAAUGCCUCAUCAUUCUGGAUAUACUUUUCUAAUUCAACUUCCUGGGUCAAAGUUGAACUGGUACUUCUGCAUUAUAGACAGAAUUAUAAAAUAAGAACUUUGCCCGUUAAUUUCAUAUGAAGUAUAUUGCACUGGAUUUAGUUGUUGAAGCAAGUUUGCAAUAUUCUAUCUCCUAUGGUGUAAAACAUGUUAUCGGCACCUUUGUUGCGAAAUGAAUGGUAUAUAUACAUUAUUGUUUUGGAGAGGCCCUCACUGGCAGAGACAUGUGUCUUUGGAGCACCUUCACAGGGCUGUCUAAUGUAUAAAAUGUUGCUGUUUAUUUGUAACUUUGCCUUCAGCUGGCUCUAGUUUAUAAUGUCAUUGUUGCCUUUGCAUAGAUAUAUGUGGUGAGUUGAAGUCAGAUAAUUUGUUUCACUUGUGCAAUAAGUAGCCAUAGGUGCACCGUCUGAGUUGCUAUUUGACCAUUUCAAUUGUUUUCUUGAUUUGCUGAUAAAAUUGUAUAUUAUUAUGGUAAAAUGAUAUUUAUGUGAAUUAUUAUAAUAUGGCUCAUCAAAGGUCUGUUACUAUAAGUUA